AUGGUGCCUGGGGACGUAGCGGUGGAUCUGAAGCAGGUCACGUCGUCCGUGCUCAGAAUCGGUCCAGGACUCCGACAGGAGGGCGACAUGGUGGUGGGCAUGAGAGCGGGGCGACUGAAGCCAGCAGGGAAGAGAAAGCUGUGGGUUGACUGCAGUGUCAAGCGCUACACGCCUGCAGUGGAGGAGGCAGUUAUUGGAAUCGUGAUCGAUAAGCACAUGGAGAACCUAGACGUGGACAUCAAGGGCCCCGGCCUCGCCAUCCUGCCUGCACUCGCGUUUGAGGGCGCCACCAGACGAAACCGACCCAACCUGCAGAUAGGGCAGGCAGUGUACACCCGAGUGGUCAAGACCCACAGGGAUGCCGACCCUGAGCUCUCAUGCGUCGAUGCAAGUGGCAAGGCAGCAGAGUUCGGGCCACUAGUGGGCGGCCACCUCUUUGACUGCUCCACUGCCCUCGCUCGCCUCCUCUUGGCAACACCAACAGCCCCGGUAUUGAAGGCACUUGACGCUGCUGUUCUCCGCAUGGAGCAAGACGUGGAACGGUUUAUCCGGAACCCGAGCCUCAAAGUCCGCUUUGAGGUACCUCAAGUUCCGUCUUGUCCCCGCUUCAACCUCCCCCCCCACUCUCCCCUCCCCAAUUCCCGCGCGCCAGUUCUCCGCAUGGAGCAGGACGUGGAGCGGUUUAUCCGGAACCCGAGCCUUCAGGUCAUGGAGUUCCAGCCAAUGGCGUCGUCGUACCAUCGCGCCGCCGCGCACCGCGUCGCGCAGCACUACUCGCUACAGACGUCCGCCGCAGAUUCCGUCACGCCAAGCGGUGGCGAGUGCACUGUCCGCGGUUAUGAUCGGUUCUCACAGAGGUUCGACCCAGGCUUUGGCGCGCAGGCGCCCAAUCCGUACGGCAUGCAACCCAUAUACGCCCCUGUCGUUACCUAUGCUUCGGAGUUCCCCUCCCUCUCGCCCUCUGCGCCCGCGAAUGCUGCUGCUGCUGGCAACCGAACCGGGCGCGGAGGCCCGGGUGGGGCGGGACCUGCCAUGCCUGGAGGUCCGGCGCCAGGUCCGGCACCAAACGCGUCUGUCCACGGCCCGGGACAAUCUCCAGGCUUGGUGGGCGCUGGUUCGGCAGGGUUGAUUCAGCCAGGGUUUCCAGGGGCGGGGUUUCCACCAGGCAGUUUUCCGGGCAGUAUGCACACAGGUGGUUUACCCAUGCAAUUCCAGCAGAUUCCUACUCUUGGCCCUCCCCAUCCGCUGAACGUGUGGAGAGCACAUGCUGCUGUGGGAAUGAUGGCCAUGCAUGGCCGGGGAGUCAUGCCAAUGCCCGGACCUGUUCCGGGGCAUGUUCCGGUACCUAUUCCCGGACCUGUUCCCGGAUCUGCCCCUGGUCCGGUUCCAUACGGACUGGUCCAACCUCCAGGUUCAGUAGGCUCUCCUGGAGGGGUAGGCAUGGGAAUGACUGGUUCGGCAGCAGCAGCGGGAACUGGAGCUUUAGCGGGAGGUUCGGGGUUGGUUGGGGCAGCAGGAAGGGGAGUAGGACAAGGCUUUCCACCAAACCUGCAGAGGGAUGGCAUCAUGGGUCCAGGAGCAAUUUCCGUUGCAGGUAUUGGUGGUUCGGCCAAGCCGCUCUUCUCCAUGGUGCGCGAAUCGAGCGAGCCUGCGCCCGUCAACCCGCGCCUCGAGGCGCACGCCACGCUCGCAUUCACCAUGGUGGGUGGGGGUGAUGGGAAGAUGGGGCGAAUGGAGUGGUGGGAGGGACGGGGAAUGCUGGCAAUGUGCGAGGCCUUCAGCUCGUGGGACGACCCAGAGCGAGUGGCCAAGCAAACGCCCUUCUCCACUUAUGCCCACGCCCCGUCCCUCUCAUUCACACAUGCCCACGCAUACCCGUGUAUGCACCCUCCCCUCGCCCUUUCUCCCCAUUCUCAGAUGUGCGAGGCCUUCAGCAACUGGGAUGACCCGGAGCGGGUGGCCAAACAAACGCCCUUCUUCAAGGCUUUGGGUGGCAGGCACCUCAACUACGGCAUUGAUGGGGACGACUUCCCGUGGGUGUGGGUGGGCGUGGGUGGGCGUGGGUGGGUGUGGGUGGGUGUGGGUGGGUGUGGGUGUGGGUGGGUGUGGGUGGGUGUGGGUGUGGGUGGGUGUGGGUGGGUGUGGGUGGGUGUGGGUGUGGGUGGGUGUGGGUGGGUGUGGGUGUGGGUGGGUGUGGGUGGGUGUGGGUGGGUGUGGGUGGGUGUGGGUGGGUGUGGGUGUGGGUGGGAUGUGAGUGGCGACGAUCUUCCGCACUGGCUUCAUGAAGGCACUGUAGAGAGCAUUUGGAGUGGUUUGGGGACUUUGAAGCCGCGUGGUGUGCCGCCCAGCUCAAUCAAGUUCAACUCCUCUCGCUCCCCCACACUCCUCCCUUCACAGAUCUUCCGCACUGGCUUCAUGAAGGCACUGCAGAGGGCUUUUGGAGAGGAGUGGUUUGGGGACCUGGAGGCAGCCUGGUGUGCCGCGUUUGACAUUCUAGAGGACAUGGCUUCGAGCGGCAUGGCUGAGAAGGGCGGACAGAAGGUGGUUCCGCCUGCUGCUCUGGAGAUGCUAGAGCGGAUGCAGCAGCAGUAG